AUGAAGAAGAACAGUAAGGUGCCCCAUUUGGUUUGCCUGCUCGGCGCCUUCCCACUGUACGAAGCGUUCUCGAAUGAAAAAUCGAUGGAGGGUCUUCACAACGAUAAUGGUAGGCCUGCACAGUUACGAAACAGAAGCAAAGUGAUCCAUUUAGAAGGCACAAACAUAAAUAGCAAAAGAGCACCGUGGGGGAUUAAAAUAUUGUGGGCUCAUAAAAAUACGGCAAUAGCUUCGAAUGAAGGGAAAACAAAAACUGAGUUAAGGGGAAAUAUAAAGGGAGUAGACAAAAUAUGUGGCGAAAAAAUUGAUAAAAAGAAAUGGAAACCCCUGUGGAGGUACAACGGCCAUGGGAGUCGCCAGCUUGCCGAGUGUGAAAGGACCAAUUGCAACGUUGAGGAAACAGGAGGACGAAUUUUUCCACGCAAAGCAAACUGUGAAAAUGGUAAGGGAAGCAAAUUUCAAUCCGGGGAAGAUGUCCACCAGGGGAAUCAUGUCGAAAUGAAGAGGGCAGAUCAAUGCAGUGACGAAGAGCACACCCAAAUGAGCAAUGACGAAGACCAACCCUGCAGUGACACCCCCAGUGAAAGCGAAACACAAGCAGAGUUAACAGAAGAAGUAAUUAACUUCAUCGAAAGUAUAAUUAAAAAACACAAAAUAGUUCUAUUCAUGAAGGGGACAGCUUUAAACCCAUUUUGUAAAUAUAGCAAACAGGCAAUACACAUUUUGAAGCUAAACAAAGUGAAAGAAAUUAGGACUGUUAAUAUUUUGGAUGAUCACCAGUUGAGGAGAUCUUUAAAAAUUUACUCUGAAUGGCCCACCUUCCCGCAGUUGUACGUAAAUGGGAAAUUCGUCGGGGGCAUAGACAAAAUGCAGGAAUUACAUGACGGAAAGAAGCUAAAGGGCUUGUUGGAGGAUGUCUAG